AUGGAUGGGGGGAGACUCGCCUUCUUCAGGCGCCGCAGGAAGUGGAGACGCUGCUGGGCCUUCUUGGAGAGCGCAGUGACAUGUGAGGACCAGGAAAGGGCCCAGUUCACACUACAGGAUCCAGAGAUAAUUUCAGGAGCACUGAUCAACGUGGCAAAGCACCUGGGCAACCUGAAGUUCAGAGUCUGGGAGAAGAUGCAGAACAUUGUUCAAUACACUCGUGUAAUUCUGGACCCCAACACUGCAGCAUCAUGGCUCAUCCUGUCUGAGGAUCUGACCAGUGUGACAUUCAGUGAUGAGAAGCAACAGAUUGUUGAUAAUCCAGAGAGAUAUGAUUUCUAUCCAUGUUCUCUGGGCUCUGAAGGCUUUAACUCAGGGACACACGGCUGGGAUGUUGAUGUUGGGCACAGUACAUAUUGGACCCUGGGUAUGACCACAGAAUCAAACCAGAGGAAGGGAAAGACAUUCUUUAAAACUGGUAUCUGGUGUGUGUUGUUAUACAAAGGUAAAUACAAGUCAAAAGCCUCAGGAGGGUCAGUAACUCCACUCACCGUGAGUUAUAAAAUCCAGAGGAUCAGAUUGGAACUUGACUGGGACAGAGGAAAACUUUCAUUCUUUGAUCCUCUAAACAACACACACCUACACACCUUCACACACACUUUUACUGAGAAAAUGUAUCCAUUCUUCUAUAACAACUGUAAACUCUCUCCUCUGAGGGUCUUACCAGUGAAGUGUUGUGUAACAGUGGAAUAG